AUGUGCCAGGUUCUUCUCGCAAUUCUCGCUUUGUUCCUCCCGCCAAUUGCGGUUCUUCUCGAUGUAGGAUGCAAUUGUGAUCUGUGCAUCAACAUUCUCCUCACCUGCCUUGGAAUCAUUCCGGGAAUCAUUCACGCGUGGUACAUCAUCCUCUGCAAGGAGAAGAGUGUCGUUCAGAACAUAUAUGUUCAAACGAGCAAUCAUGGAACUGCCCCGCCAGCAUACUCCGCCUGA